AGUUCCUUAGAUGCACCUCGUCAGGGAGCUGAAAAGCGCUCUUUCUCUCUGUCGGUCGACGUUGGAUGCGCAUGCGCAUUCCCCUUCUCGUCGCGCGCUGGUGGCUUUUGACAGUUAAAAAAGGAGCGCGAGGGCCGGGCGGGAGGGGGAGGAGGGGGCGGGGCCUCCCGUCCUGAAGUUUUGAGGAGAGAAGGAGGGAGCGGGCGGCGACUCUGCUCGGCUCCGCGCCAGGCGAGGCUGGGGUUUGGGUCCCGGCCAGCCUUCCCCCGGGUAGAGUCUGCCGUCUUCAUUCUCUCCCUGCUGCGUCCCCUCAGUGCGCUCGCCGGAGCUCUGAGAGGCGCCCGCGCCGGUAAGGAUGGCGGGUGGGCGCUUCUCCCUUCGGAAAGAGGGGCGUCCGAGGGGACGGGUGUGAGGGAGGGGAGGGUGAGGCAACUGGUGCAGCCCCUGCCUGCGGGGUGGGGUGGGGUGGGGGGGUUAUAAUGGUGCGAUUAGGUCUGGGCUUAACUGUCUCACAGGAACCCACCCCCCAAUUUAUAUGGCUGCUCGGACUUCCAAUGGGGUCGGGGGUGGGGGCUCCUCCUGAAGUUUCUGCUGGUUGGGGGGUGGGGGCUGUGGACCGUGUGGACAUCUGCUUCAAAUCCCUACCCCGAGGGUAACUAUUGGGGGAAAUUCGUGGAAGACCCCCCCCCGCUUCUCUCUCCAGGGGGAGAAGGAGGUGGGGGGGGGGGACACCACUUCGUUUAUUGCCAUUGCCAGCAAGGCAGAUGCCUCACACGCGUUUUACUGAAAUUGCCGCAGGCGAACGUUUUGCAUUUCACCUCAGUGUUUACAUUCCCCCCCCCCCCCCUGCAGAAAAGGAUAACUGCAACAACACUUCGCGCAUCUGAUUCGGUCCGCCAAAGCUUUAUGCCACGUUUAGUGCUUUUAAGGCGCCCCCCCCCCCCGAGACGCUCUUUUUGAUUCUGUUGUAAUUCUCGGUUCGCUUAUAUGCGAGACCGAGCCCUUUAUGGGACAUUGUGAAAUUUACUUCCAAGUAAAAGUGCACAGGACUUCGGUUGUUCCCUUCCGAUUUUAGGGAAGCAGCUCUGGUCCUGCAAGAGUAGUUCUAUGCUGGUGGUUUUACCGCAUCUCCUUCGUUUCAAAGCCUGCUUGUUAAAUUUAAAGUUGCCCCUCGUUUCAGAGUUUGUGUUUGUGCAAGCAUACACUUUGGUUGAGCUGGAUAGACCACAUACAAUACAUACCUUUUCGGGGGGGGGGCCCGAAAAAAACUAUUCUUCCCAUUAAUAAUCUCUGUCGCUCCAAAGGGCAAGACCAGAACCAAGGUGUGGAAAGUUCAAGAAAGCAGAUUGUGGCUAAACAUUAGAAGAAACAUCCUAACAAUAAGAGCUAUUCAACACUGGAAAAGACUGCCUUCCUUCACUAGAUGUAUUUGAGCACACCCAUCUGUCAGGGAUGCUAUUUCUGCAUACUGCACUGCAGUUCCUAUACUAAGCAACGGGUUGGAUUAGAUGACCUCCACAGUCCUUUCUAACUCUAUUAAUUCUAUUUUCUCCAUAGCUGUUGGAUGCUGCUUUUAUUUCAAGCCUUUCUUUGCUGUUUGACAUUACAAGUCACCCCAUCCUCUGCCCCCCUCACUAACUGGACUGGAACAACUGCCAUCACUUUUUCCUGUUCUUGCAGUGGCUAGAAGCUAUUUAUAUCCUUAUCUUUACCCACCAAGGGUGUGGACAAAGCUGGUUAGUACAGUGGUACCAAGGGUUAAGUACUUAAUUCGUUCCGAAGGUCCGUUCUUAACCUGAAACUGUUCUUAACCUGAAGUACCACUUUAGCUAAUGGGGCCUCCCGCUGCUGCUGCGCCUCCGGAGUCCGAUUUCUCUUCUCAUCCUGAAGCAAAGUUCUUAACCUGAAGCACUAUUUCUGGGUUAGCGGAGUCUGUAACCUGAAGCGUAUGUAACCUGAAGCGUAUGUAACCCGAGGUACCACUGUAUAAGUUAUUUUACCUAGUGUUGUCCUGACCACUAAAUGGUUUAAAGAAUGUCAAAAUGAUGGCUCCCCACUCCAGUGCUUUGAUCCAGAGGUGAAUAGGAGGCUAUAAUCUGUGUUUGUGAUUGUGAGUAUUUAUUUAUCUGCUAUAAGCAUGCUUUGCAAGCAACGGAAAAAUUAGCCCUGCACUAUUCCAGGUGCCUGAUUAGGGUGAAAUGGCAGUGGCUAAAAUGUGUUGGAUGACCUUGAGAGUGAAAUUGUAGGGAUGCACUUCAUUUGGAGGGUUAUGGUUAUUUAAAAGAGUAAUGGUAUAGAAAGUUUGUCCUUUUUCUACACAGUAGAAAUACUUGCAUUCCAAACUCUGCAGCUCUGCAGUGAGUGCUUUCCUUUAAUAGCUUAUUUGUGAAAGGUUUGUAAAUAGCAAUCUUCAAGUAUUAAAUCUGAGGGGUCACUUUCUCAAAAUCCAAAGAUUCAGCCUGUCUUCUCCUUCAGGGCCAAACACUGACUUUCUUCUAGGCUUCCUUUCUCUUUUAUAGGCAAUUGUAGUUACUUUGUGUGCUGAAUCUGCUACUUUGAAAAGGGUAAAAAUAUUUGAAGUUGCCAUGUGAAUACAUCGAUACAGUACCAGAAUUGCUUGUCCCUAAAUAUUUGUAGCCAUGUUAGCCGGUUACAGCACAGCUGAAAAUUUUAAGGUGCCACAAGACUUUGUUUUCCUCCCUGAUGGUUGGCUAAUGAUUUGAGAAUGAUGCAAGUUCUUUAUCUUGUAUUUUCUCCUUUGUUUUCCUUUAACUAGGUGAAGCAAGUGAGCAGAUGUAUUUUGUUUUGGUAGUGAUGUAUUAUUAUUUUUCUCUCAGGGUGGGGUGUGGGGAGUGGGAACAAAUAGGGGUGGAAAGUGGGAUGAAAUAUAUUGGGAAAUUAAUAUUGGAAACAAAUGGUCUUUUGGGAGAAUCAAAAGGUGAAAUGUUUUGGGAGAAGGUUAAUUGGCAAAGAAAUUGUUUUGGGAACCUGGCUUGUGCUUCAGAUUCCAACUUUGCUCUGCUCACAGUGUGUUGUCUUGGGCAAGCCACUUGAUUUUAUCUGGUUCUGUACUCCAGUUUCCAGUACUGGCUCAUCAGAUAUCUCUGGGAAACUUACAAACAUGACAUGAGGGCAGCAUCCACAACUGGUAUUCAGAGGUAUACGAUGUACAUGGAAAACCGGGGUGGAGCAGAGUUAAGGGAAAGCAUUGUGGGAGUGGCUUUCUAGCAUAUAUGGGGCAUAUAACAGUCCCAAUUUUGGAGGUAAUAGCUACCCCUGGUUGUGAGAUAACACUGCAUUCUUUGACUUUUUGCUGGGUGCUAGCUCAGGAAAAUGUGUUUUCUCUGUUUCAGUAUUUUUGAAAGUGAAACAGUGCACCUGAGUGUUUGUGUAUGUGUUGGCAUGCUUCUGUUUGAGUUAUUAUAUAUAUUAAACUUUGUACAGUAAUAACAUCUAAUACGUAUAGCAAUUCAUAAACACUUUUUAUAGGAUGGAAGACAUGUUAAGUAUAUGUAGAGCAAUUCUCUACCCAAGUUGGGAUCAACCAUAUACAAACUUGUCUACAUGUUAGCCAAUAUAUUAUAGGUUGCCCACAACUGGCACAAGAUUUAAGUGUCUUUAACUAGGGGCAUGCCUGAUAAAACAGAGGUUCAGGUAGGGCAGCUAGUUGCCAUUAGCUAACCAAAACGAUUAGCACAAUCUUUCACCAAAAGAGGCAGAAGGGAGGUUAGAGGUAAUGUUCCAAAAGUGCAGGGAUGUUUGAUGCCACCAUACCUGGUAACAAAUAAAUCAUUUUAUCUUGUUUUACAGACAAGACUCAGGCCAAGAAACCUGCCUAAUUGGAGUUUGGCAGGUGUUUGAACCCUGUGCUCCAAAUACAGAUUUGUUCACCACUAGUCUGUGCUGAGUUUAUUACAUCCUAUGCUUACAGUCACCAUUUAGGUUUGUUAUAUAUUGUUGUACAGAAGCUUUAAAAUGACUUUAGCUUCAUGAAAACUUUGCAAAACAGUGCCAAUAUAGUCAACCUCAGAGCAAACAACUUUGUGGUAACAUUAGUUUCUGAAUGCCAAGCUACAAAUCUUGGGUUUUAAUUUUCAGCUGGCACAGAGCCCCAGAGCUUGCUGUGGUCAACGGGAGUGGAAAUUUUUGUCUGAAAAGCCUUCACAGUGGCAGGAGGGAGCAUUUGGCUGUACAAAAUGCUAAGAAAUGGAGAGGUUUUGGAACAUCAGCUUUCCACUAACACACUUGAGGGUAUUGGAUCACGUGGCUAGGUUUUUUAAAUACUCGUUCCUUAAUUACAAAAUUAUUAAUUUCUGUUCUGCUGCUUUAGAAAGGAUAGGUUUUAUGGGAGGCUUACUUGUGUUAGUGGCUGUGCUUGAAGUUGUCAGCAUUUUCUGUUGCCAACCAGUAUUCAUGGUGGUUAAAAUACAGUCAUAAGGGCUGGGAAGAAUGACUGUACUAAAUUGCUUGCUGACCAGCAUUCCUACUUAGUUGCAAGUUAGCUGUUUUUCAAAGCUAGCUUUAGUACUGGGCUUAUACAAACUACUAGUUGUUAUCCUUAUUCCCCUUUGUUUUCAUUGUUGGUAGGAGCCUUGCCUUCAGCCUAUCUGUGGUGAAUAAAAGGUCUUGCCAACCCACCAUAUCUUGGAAGUAUACUUUACUAACCAAUACUUUGUGUGCAAGGCUGCAUGAAGGAGCCAAGAAGUGUUUAGACAUUAACUCUUCCAGUUUCUACCAAUAUGAUUUGCACAAACGUAAAAUCAAGCCGGUCUUCACUGACACUACUUUUCUAUCAACUGAAAGCCAUCUCAGCUACUCUGAUUUAAACUCACUUUAGAUUUCAGACAAGCUGACAGCCAAGUUCCUUUAUUGUGAAAGGCAGUUGCAUUCCAAUCAUUCUUAUUUUUUUGGUCCUAUUAGCCAGGGUUGUCUGAACUUUGUACUAAAUCAAUUAAUCAAAAGUCUAUACAAAGGUAACCUGAACUGUGCACCAAAAAAAAUGGAAUUAUGUUACACUGUUACACAAAUCAAGCUGAUGUGCCUAUAUAUUUUAACUUUUGUAUACUAUGGUCUGCUUCUGAGAAUUGUGGGAAGGGGUUGGAAAGCCUUUGGCAAAACUAGUUGCGAAUUCCAGUUCCUAUUCCAAUAGGAAAAGCCUACUUUAAAUUGUGCCCCGCCUCCAGUUGUUUGUUCUUUGUGGGAAAGCAUAAUUAUUUUCAGUUUAUUUUACAAAUUCAUAAACUGCUUCACAGCCUGUGGCCAUCAAAGUCAUGUUCAACAGGAUAUUCAAUAUUCUACCUACACAGCAAAUAGUAGCUUCAAGGAGGAUGCUUUCUGUAUGUGUGAGAAAUGAUUAAUCUACCCACCCUGGACCCUUUCUGAAUUGGUGGUUUCUAUGGCUGCAACUUUUAAAAAAAGUGGGAGAUCUAACUUGCCUGCAUUGCAUCUUGUUUGGUGUCUGUGAUGCUGAAUCCUGUGCCCAUUUUUAAUAAUAAUAAUAAUAAUAAUAAUAAUAAUAAUAAUAAUACACACCUGACUGUGCUGCCCAUCCACUUUAUGCAGUAUACACAAAGAGACAUAAGUUUCCAUUGAUUCUGUAUACUUGUGGAUUUUCCCUUAUACUCAGAUGAAACACUCCUUUAUCUGAAAAAUAAUGAUGCUGUUAAACUUUUUUUUAAAGCCACCUAAACUAGAAGGCAUACAGUAUUUGUGAAUCUUAAAAUGUUUAUAACUUGAGGGGUACAAAGUGUGUGAGAUGUUCGACCAUGAUUUUUAUUUCACAAAACUUCUAGAAGUGUUUUUCUGCUUUAUAUGUUUUGAUGGAAAAGAGAGUAUUACUCUUUGGUAUAAAUAGUUGUGGUUAGGGAAGAGGAUAAAAAUAGCUCAUCAGCCAUGGUGAGGCAUAGCCAGAAGUUGAACUUAAGCAAUAUUUGGAAUGUAAAUCAAACUAGCAGGAAAUUCCAAGUUAAGACUGGCAUUUUGUCCUUACUUAACACACACAUAUGAACUUCCUGACUUUUCUCAGUUAAUAACUCGAGACAGUUGCAUUGCUUUGAGGUUUUUAAGCAGUUCAAACCUAGCAGAUUGGUUUUAAAGGGAUGAUAACACUUUUGCAUGUAGAAGGAACAGGGUUCAGUCCUAAGGAUCAUCCAGUUUGGAUCUUUGUCAGAAACCCUAAAGGAACAGUGUAGGGAGGAAUAUUAAAGUGUUGUACACCAGAAAUUGUAGGAUUGUUGUCUUGACACUCUGUCCUGCUUGAAAAGCAAUAAAGUGAUAUACUCUUACCUCUAUCUGGUCAGAUUGGGAACAUGAUGCAAAUUGCUGAGUGAACACACCAUACAAACACCUGAUAAAUUUAGCUUUGUGUGUUUUUGGAUUAUAAUCUGCAUGCGUAUUAGUGCUUUACACAUACAUGGCAGGGUCAGUGAUAUCUUUCUGCUGCAUUUACAUAGGUCAACACUUCCGAGAAACUUCGGAUUUAUGCAUGCAUCUUUUCGUUUCCUUGAAACAUUUUAACUGUCAUGUUCAGUGCUUACUAUUCAAAGGGUAUAAUCUUCAAAUCUGCAUAGGGAAGAGCUGCUUGAAUUCAAACUUGAUGUUCACUCAAGCUUCCUGUGUACAUGCAGAUGUCUCCUCCCCGCUGCAUUUUACUCAGGUGUACCAGGUCUUGUUUCAGUGCUUUAUGCUCUGAAUCAUAAAGGUAAAGGGACCCCUGACCAUUAAGUCCAGUCAUGGAUGACUCUGGGGUUGUGGCACUCAUCUCGCUUUACUGGCCAAGGGAGCCGGCGUACAGCUUCCGGGUCAUGUGGCCAGCAUGACUAAGCUGCUUCUGAUGAACCAGAGCAGCGCACGGAAACGCCAUUUACCUUCCCGCCGGAGCGGUACCUAUUCAUCUACUUGCACUUUGAUGUGCUUUUGAACUGCUAGGUUGGCAGGAGCAGGGACCGAGCAACGGGAGCUCACCCCGUCGCAGGGAUUCGAACUGCCGACCUUCUGAUCGGCAAGCCCUAGGCUCUGUGGUUUAGACCACAGCGCCACCAGCGUCCCUUGCUCUGAAUCAGAUUGGUGAUUAAAGAUGAGCUUGAGCCCACAUGCCUAGCAGCUAGCUCUGAGACCAGACCAGACCAGACCAGACCAGAUUCAAUUUGAUUUAUUAUAUUUCUAGGCCACUUUUCAUUCAAAUGAAUUGAAAAGUGGCUUAGUAACAAUAACAUAAGAGAACAUCCCAAAUGCAACAUAAAUAAUAUAAAAUAAUGAAAUCGUCUAUAAAACUCCAUUAACAAAACAACUAAAAAAAAAGAUAAACAGCACAAUUACAAUAAAAGUCAUAGAAUUCAUAAAGUACUACAGCAUUCAUAAUUUAUAAAACAAUAUUAACAACAUUAACAAAAUAGCAGCCAAAAAGUAAAUUAAGCAAUGUUGAAUUCAUAUACACACACUCCCCAUCCCCAUGACUCAUAAUCUUCUAUUUUAUUCAGUUCAUUAAAAUACAAAUACACAUAAUGCCCAUGGCAGCAGCUCCAUUCUGAAGGUUCCUAGGGCUGGAGGGUGAGACAAGGCAGAUGGGAAAAGCUAUUGCCUGAUGGCCAGUAGGGCUGAACAAUAUACUGAUAAAUUGUUCAAUACUGGUUUCUAGACCACAUCAUGAUAACAAUAUAAAAUAAUUGAUCGCUGUCUUCCCUCCCAGAUGCCACAAAGUAAAAAUAAGACCCAUCACAUUGCCCUGUGUCAUUCAGCCUCUUUCUUCCCUUGCCCUCUUCUCUCUCUGUGUGUGUGUGCCUGACUUACCACAUGUCCAAUCUCCAUGCUCCUUUGCCCAGCCACACGCCCAAUCUUCAUGCCCCCCACCUGCCUCAUCUCCACGCUUCUUUGCUCACUGGCACACCUGAUCUCCAUGCUCCUCUGUCCAGCCGCAAAUUGUGCUUUAAUAUUUAAUUAUUCUGUGGCAGGUCUGUUAGUGAUAAAGAGCUCAGGAAUUGGAAGAAUUAGAAGCUGCAGCUGUGCUUGUGUUUCUUUAAGACUGGCUCCAUUUUUCUCCAGAGCUGUUAACUUCAUGGUGAAGCAGAAUGCCAUUCUAAUGCAGCAAGUGAAGAGAAAGGUGUUCAUGACUCUUGUGGAACUUAACAUUUUUCAUGAAAUCAGAAGGAACAAAAACUGAUACUUUUAAUUAAUAUGACAGAGCACGUGUGCAAAACCUUGACAUCAGAAAUUUAAUGCAGGGUUCUGCUUUGAUCUGUAUUAGUACAUCUGCUGUCCAUAAUACCUAAACUGCAAACAUGUGCAAGAUUCUUUUCCAGAAGGGCAACAGGAAAUGGCUUUUGUAAAACAGGGGGGGGAAUCACACAUAUAUUAACAGACAAAUAAUAGAGGUGUUUUUUUUUGGAGUGGGGCGGGUUAGGCUGUAUGCCUGGCCCACUUCUAUUCUUGGAAUAGCCAAGCUAACUUCCAGAUGAGGUGAUGGGCUGUUAAGAGGAAUAAAGAAAGUGCCUCGGAUUAUCUCCUUCAUCUCUUCUUCUUGCUGUCCCUGGGCCAGUCCACUUCACCCUCUGUCCCUAACUGCAAAUCAGAGUCCUGCCACAAGUUUUUAUCUGGGGACACUUUCUUCAGGAUCAGCUGGCCCAGUCUCCUUAAGUUGGUGGUCAAGAAUUCCCCUCUCUGCUUACUUCCAACAUCACUCAAACGCUUCAUGGACCCAAACAAAGGCAGUUAAGCCUCCCAGUGGCUCUUGCCCCAUCCCCCCAAUCCCACAGCACCCUGGGUGAUGCUGGCAAAGUAAUAAGUGAUAACUGUAAUUCUGUUGACAGGCAUAGGAAUAGACACCACAGAGAAGAAUUUCAUCUGGAAAAAGUCUGUCUUAUUGUGUUUAUUGGCUGGAGCAUUAAAUACUUGGCAACUUGCAAAAACUAGAAUUCCAAAAAGGAAUUCAAACCAUUUGUUCUUGAGCAUUACACUAAAAUAAUUGGGACUACACUAUAUUGUAUAUAAUCCUGAAGCCCUUUACUAAACAAAUAUUUUAUAUUAUCUCCACGCUUCUUUAGUAUAUUGCAUUUUGUAAAAAAAAAUGUUUUGGGAAUAAUUGCCUUUAUAACCCUGAUGAAGAGGGACCAAAUUAAGUGUUGUCUCAAAACUGCAUUAGCAGAGGAAACAGAAUUGUAAUUACGAACGAGUUCCUGAUUGAAGCAUAUGAUUAAGAAAUUAAGGCUUCUUGGGCUUUUCAUAUAAUAUCAGUGUGGGUGUAUGCACGCACUUACUAGUAAAUUCAGGUUGUACAAUGAAAGUUGAUUUGGCAGUCUUGCAAAACAAAUCUAUUCCCCUGCCAUGGCCUUUUUGUGAAAAUGCACUUAAAAGUGUGUGAUAAAGAUUUCUUGACUCAGCAUCGUCUAACCUCCCCACAAAUAAAUUGGAAUGAAUGCUCAGUGAAUAGCUGUCAUUGUCUAAGCUCUCUGCAAACUUUAUGCAAACAAUACAAUAAUGAAUCCUCUGUAUAAGCAAGCUGUUUGGAAGUGCCCGCAGGCACUAGGAUACAAAUAUCGAAGACAAAUAUGUUUUCUUUGUGUGCCUAUCAAAAUAAGCUCUUGCCUUGUAUCCUUUGCUUUUUGUAGCCACUGAUAAUACAAGCUUGUCAAUAUAGGCAAUCCGGAGUAGAGAAAAUGCCUUUCUUUUUUUGUCCCUACCCUGCAUUAUUGUAAAUUACUGCAAAUAAAGUAGAAAUAUAUUGCAUGUCCAUAUUUGUAUAAGGUGAGCCCCCACAAUUUUUUUGGCUAUUCAGAAUUGGUCUCUCCCUUUUGGAUUUGUCAUCUUUGCCAUUCGUUAAGAACCACUAGGCUCCAAGGUAUAAGAUGUCUAGGGCUGAUGAAAAUAUCUAUUAUGCUCAUUUAAAACCAGUUUCACUAUUCUAGCCAUAAAACCCUGGGAGUUACAGUUCUGGGAGAGUGCUGUGGUUUGGAGGUUCUCCAGUUCACUCACAAUCAUAAUUUCAAGGAUUCCUCGAAGGCUUGAAACUGGUCUAAGUUUGUCAUGGGGAUAUGCUCUUAGAAAGAUAGUACUCAUUUUCUUACACAUUUCAUUUUCUCUUUUUAAACAGAUGAUUUGCAAGUGAGACUUCAGCUGUGUAUCUCCAACUUGUUCCAACAAGAUGUUUACAACGAAUCCUGCAAAUUGGGUUACAUUUGAAGAUGAACCCCUAUUCCAUUCUCCUCAGAAAGCAGGGGGAAGUCAUAGUGCCUGCAAAGCAAACGGGCUUAAACUCCAUCUGCCUAAAAUGCCUGAUUCCUUGAGCCAGUCCCCAUCUUCCAGCAGUACUCCUCUCUCCUCUCCUGUAGUUGACUAUUACUUUAGCCCUGGACCUCCUAGCAAUUCUCCACUAUGUACACCCACUAAAGAUUAUUCUGUCAGCCCUUUAUUUUCAAAAUCUGGAAUUCAGCACCUUUAUCCUAUUCCAGAGUUGUCAUCCAACAUUAAUAUUCUGCCAGUGGGUGGGACAUCUUCUCAAAAACUGACUGGUACCUCUCAGGCUCAGCAUCACUCAGAAUGUUCAGUCUCAGAGCCAUUAGAUGGUGCAAAUGCCGCUCAACAGGAAAGUGCAAAGAAAUCAGAAGAUUCCCUGGAAUCACAAACAUUCUUCCAAUACAUUCAGAAUGACUGUGCUUUUGCUAGUCCAUUUUGGUCAGAAGAUUCACCAGAUACAUCCAUCAAUGUGCACAAAAAGGAUGCAAACCUUGAAAAGGAUAGUGGCUCUUCCAGUGAAAAGGACAGUUUCCCUGAUCAGAAAAGUCUCAAUCAGGGAUCAUUCCACUAUAUUUGUGAGAGGCUUGAGCACUUGCAAACUGAUACUUCAGAUAAUGAAAGGAGUCUGACAGCCAUGCCAUACAUGUAUACGGGAGAUGGCUUUUCUUCGUUUCUUCCACACAGCCUCUUCAGUAGCCAAAGAAAAGAUGGCUGGCCUUUCAUGUUGAGGAUUCCCGAAAAGAAGAAUAUGAUGUCAUCAAGGCAGUGGGGGCCUAUAUACCUUAAGGUCUUACCUGGAGGAAUACUACAAAUGUAUUAUGAAAAGGGCCUUGAGAAACCUUUCAAAGAAUUUCAGCUACAGCCAUUUUGUAAACUUUCAGAACCCAAGCUAGAGAACUGCAGUAUCUCUGGGAAAAUCCAUACUGUGAAAAUUGAGCAUGUGUCUUAUGUGGAGAGAAAGAAGUAUCAUCCCAAAGCUGAAGUGGUUCAUGAACCAGAGAUAGAACAGAUGCUAAAGCUGGGAACGACUGAUUACAAUGACUUCACUGACUUCCUGGUGAUAGUGGAGGAAGAGUUAAUGAAGCUUCCUGUUAUUUCAAAACCAAAAAAACACUAUGAAGAACAGGAAAUGAUCCUGGAGAUAGUGGACAACUUUACAGGGAGGAUCACUAAAGCAGAAGGGAAGCUAGUUGAAAGUGCUGUCAUCACCCAUAUUUAUUGCUUGAGUUUUGUGAAUGGAAACUCUGAGUGCUUUUUGACGCUGAAUGAUCUGGAGCUUCAGAGGAAAGAUGAGCACUACUUUGAAAAGGAUGCGAAAAAAUGGAUUGAAAUCAUUGACUAUCACUUCCAUCAAUGUGUGAAAAAACAAGAAUUUGAGCAGUCAAGGAUAAUUAAAUUUACACCUACAGAAGGAUGUAGGUUAGAACUGAUGCGUUUCAGGACAUGGUAUAAUGGAGCUGAUCUUCCAUUUUCUGUCAAGGCCAUGGUGGUAGUACAAGGAGCUUAUGUUGAACUGCAAGCUUUCAUAAACAUGUCCUCUUCUGCUCUGACUUCAGUGCAUUCAAAUUCCAUGAAACCCUGUGAAAGUAUUAUGGUACACUUUCCUAUUCCCUCACAGUGGAUUAAAACUCUUUGGACCAUGAACCUCCAAAGACAGAAGUCUCUGAAAGCAAAAAUGAACAGAAGAACAUGCCUUGGCUCUUUAACUGAGAUUGAAUCUGAUCCUGUAAUACAGGUCUCAAUUGGAACAGCCAAAUAUGAAAGUGCCUAUAGAGCUAUUGUGUGGAAGAUUGACAGACUUCCAGAUAAAAACUCAAGUAAAUAUUUGUUUUAUAUAAAUAUUUUUUAUAAAAAAUGGUAUAAAGCUGUGCUGAAAGGGAAUUGCAUUUUCUCAUAGUGAGUUAACAAUAUGACGACUCCAGAGAUUUUACUGGCCAAUUGAUUAAAAUGUAUGGCAUGAAGGCUGCAGAUGGUGAAUUGUGUGUGCUAUUGAGCUGGGAAAAAGAAAUAUACUCUUGAUAUAGCACACAUUCCUGUGCUUUAGAAAUCUGAAUAUUUUAACCACACCAACCUAACAAAGCAGCUUUGAUAGAUACUUGAUUCAAGCCAAGUGAUAAUUAGGCCUGCUUUUCACAUUCCGUUUAAAAAGUCUUGGCACCUUCAUAUUUGAAAGUGUUUAUUUUGUUUCAUUCAUAUUCUGGGAUUUUGCUUUAUUAGAUCCAGGAAUCAAACUCCCUCUCCCUACAAUUAACUUCUGUAAAUUCACUGCGUGUACUACAAUGUACGUAUAUUGAUAUUGGAAAAGGAAGUGUGUAGGGGUAAGAAUUUAUAAAUUGUUCUGGAACUGGUGUCUUUCUAUCUUGGACAUCCAUAUAAAUUUGAUAUCACCUUUCCAGGUAUGAAGUGCAUCUCUGCAUCUUCAAAAGUAUGCAAAAAGUAAAAAAAAAAGAAUUUCAUGUUAGAUUGCAGGAAGAAAUUCUGUUGUCCUUGGAAAUGGCAAUGCAUAGAAGUCAUUCUAUGACUGAUCUUUUGCAUUACUUUGAAGGUGAUAUAAGAAUAUAAUUUACUUAUGGUCCACAGACAACAAAUAUAAAAAGUUACAGAAUGUAAAAUAUGUAUGAUCAUUAAAAGCUAAAAUGAGAAAGUAAUAAUAGCUUGUCUAAUUGCUGUUUUUAGAAAUAUUGCAACUUACUGAGAAAUUUAAAAAUAGAGACCUCCAUAAAAUGAUAAGAAGGAGGUACACAUGGAAACAUACAACAGCCGUUUUUACUUUCAUGUUGCAUAAUAAUUUGUGUGUACCACACACUAAAAAUAGCAUGUUUAAAAAAAUGUAUUCUGUGAGCUGUUGCAUUAUGUUUGCUAAGUAAAAGCAUAAUCAUGCAGCAUAGUUAACCGAAAGAGCUAAAGUUCAACACAUGGCAGUGAAACCCCACACCUCACUUUGUAGUAUGAAUUCUUCCAGUACAGUGGUACCUUGGUUGUCAAACUUAAUCUGUUCCAGGAGUCCGUUUGACUCCUGGAACCACUCAAAAACCAAGGCACAGCUUCUGAUUGGCUGCAGGAGCUUCCUGCACUCAAUCAGAAGCUGCGCAAGGCGCGUUGGACAUUCAGCUUCCAAAAAAUGUUCGCAAACUGGAACACUCACUUCUGGGUUUGCGGCGUUCGGGAGCUGAUUUGUUCAGAAGCCAAGCCGUUUGACAACCAAGGUACCACUGUAAAUGAAUUGGAAGAAUUAGUUCUGUUGGCAUCUCUUAUUCUUCCAUGUUGUUCCUUUAGAAAGCUCAGACCAGAGACACACUGCUUAAGUAUGUCUAAUCAGUGUUUGUCUCUGGUCUGAGCUUUCUACAGGAACAACAUGGUAGAAUAAGAGAUAUAUUUAUGCAAAAUAGAACUUUUUGUGGUAUUCCUGGUUCUGAAUUUUGGAAAUAUGUGGUCUGGAGUGCACAUUGUAAAGAAUGUCGUCCUUUCUCUCUCUAUCUACUGACAUAGCCUCUAUCAACCAAAAGAGAGCAGUAUUGUAACAGUUAGAUGGCUGUACUGCCAGCCUUUUCUUGAGAUUCUUGAGUUCUGUUAAGUCCAUUGCAGCUGACAUAUUAGAUCUACUUUGGAAAGAAAUAUCCUCUAGUGCUAUGCUGGUGGACUAGCUAAUGCAUUCAGUCUAUGAUAGUGCUGGAAUAUCCACAGUGACAAGAGACGGCCUCCAGUUACACUUCUGUUCUACUAAUAUUUCAUUAUAUAAAUAUCUAGUGUAGCACAAGCACUCAAGCUUUUUAUCAUGGCCAAGUAUGCUAUAACCUUUCCCCCAGUGAUAGGGGAAGUGAUCUAAUAUAAUACAGGAUAUAAUCCUGUAUAUGCCUGCUCAGCAGUAUGUUCUGUAUUUCAGUCUUAGUUGAAAUUGAAGGUGUGGAGCAGUUUGAGAUUAUAUAUGGUCCUGUUGGUUUGUGUUUUCAACAUACAAAAAUAACUUUUAAAAUGAUGUAGCUUUAGUAAUAAUUUAAAAUACUCUUCUAUAAUUAUGAUUUAAAAAAUACUGCUAUGAAGGCCUGUUCAUAUGACAGUCAGGUCCUUGGCUAUAGGAAAAGCCUGCAUAGAAUGGCUCCAUUUGGUUGCCAGCCAGCCAGUCACUGAGAGUCAUUAGGGAGCUGGCUGUCACAUUCUUCAGUAACAUAAUAAUAGAGUGCAGCCCUGUAUGUUGUAUAUUGCAGUAGGCAAGCCUUUCAGAGUAUAAAGGUAUAAAUAAUAGUAACUUGAGUUUGUAUCAAAAUAAAGGAACUGAAACCGUCAGGUGAAAGGUACAUUGGCUAUUGUAACAAUCUGAUUUCAGAAGUACACCGGGGUAUAUGAUUUAAACCCACUUUGUAUGUGGUGGCGCACACAUACAUACAUACUUUCUAGCUCUCUGGAGGAAAGAAACAUUAUGCAUGAAGUAUCAGACACUUAGUGUCCUUUGGUGAUUAGGAUGAUUCAUCUCUCCCAGGAAUGUAUGUAGGUAUAUUUGUGCAUCUUUAAAUAUGCUGGGGAUGAGACAGAUGAAAAUAUCAUAACUUUAAAACAACUGUUUAACUAAUACAAGGACUAAGUUUCCCUUUGUCAGUGUAGUGGGGUAGAUUUUAAAACUGCAUAAGAGCAAAGUUAAGUGAAAGUGUUACUUGGAAGAGUUGCUAGCGAUAGAUAAAUAAUGGAUUUCCCCUGCAUUGAAAAAGAUUUUAAAUUUGAAACAAUUGUAAUCAAUUAUGAAAGUGAAGUCUGCUUAUCUAAAGGUCAAACAUAAUGCCCAGCGAGAGAAAUAAGAUAAGGCCUAGCUCAUAUGCAUGUUUCCAGACUACAGUACAGCAUAGAUACCAAGACAUUUGCAGUUUUUGAGAGGCCACAGCCAACAUUGCUAUGCUGUUAUCGUGUCAUAGCCCUCUUCAAAUGUUUAGCUUACACAAUGAAUGUAUGUGUUUAUGGAGGCAUGGAGUCUUUUAGCAUCCUCCUAUGUGACACAUUCCCCCCAAUUUGACAAUAGGAAAAUUGAGUCUGCAAGCAAGGUCUUCAAGUCCCUGGGUUCAGUCUGGAAUCUAUAGUAAUGAAAAUGAGUGAGAUCCAAUGUUGUGUGAAUGGGUGUUCAUCCAGAAUGCAUAAAGUUUCCACUACCAAAACAAAUAUAGCUUUGCAUGAGGAAAAGAAUGACAGCUUGCUAAUAGUUUUCUAAAGCAAGGUCAUUGUUGAUAGGAUGUAAAUAUGGCAGAAAUGUGACUUUAACUCAAAACUAUGGGAGAAAUGUGACUUCAAAUCCAAAUUGAAACAAUGAUCCCUUAACCACAAUCUUAAUCAUUUUUAAAUGAAAUCACAUGGGGUCUAGUUCCUAGAUUAUUUUCACAUUGGAUUUUCCAAUAACUGCUGGUAAUAUGUCUGCCUUGUUCCAGGAAAUGCUUUCUUGGCAGCAUGGCCUCACUGUUCUUCUUUUCAAGUUUAUAGUAAAUUGUUAAAGGAUUUGAUAUAAUAGAGAACAUAAGCAAACAAAAUUAAGAGUAAAAAUCCCACCCCUGGUCUAAUACAUGCUGUGAGUGGUCAAUGUGGAAUGCCAAAUUGAGCUCUUGAGUGUUUAUUUUAUGGGAUUUCUAGUUGGUUGGUUUAUUAUUCCAUAUCAGUUAUGAUUAUUAGGUAACAAUCCAUGGAACUCCAACAGUUGCCUGAACAGUUGGACACUCUGCUUACAUAACAUUACCUGGCAUUUAUAGGGACAAUUUCCUAAAUGUUAUUCCCCUAUAUCCCCCUCCUUCUUACUGUGCUGUUGCAUUUCCCUCCUAUUGCAAAUGAAAAGAUCUGAGGCUGGGGGAGUGUCUUUGAAGUGGGAACAGUGAACUACUGUAUAAAGUAGUAAUAAGAGAUUGUGAAGUGUUAUGUACAUAAAAAACAGGGCUGUUGCCUCCUUAAAAUGUUAGUUGAUUGACUCUAUGCAUUACAGUACUAGAAUAAUUAAAUAUGCAUACAUUAGCAUUUUGAGUAAGAAACAUUUUUCUGCAUACUUUUUGUUUUUUUAGAUGGCAUAUGUAUGAAUUUCAACAUUUUAAGUCAGUCCCUACUGUGUAAGAGAGGAGAGGGAAUACUACUUCUAAGUUGGCGCCUGCCUCCUGCUGUUUUUGUAUUAGAAAUCUUUCCUUUUCUGCCUGAUUAGAAAAGAUGCCCUGAUUACUUGGCUAAAUGUACAUCCCUAAUCAAGUGCUGGAUAAAUAUAAAUAGUGUUUAAAAAUUGGGUGAAACAUUGUAUGCAGAUGCCUCCAUUAAAACCUCCUUGGUUGAUGUUUGUGGGAGAGGAUGCAGAGACAGGAAGAGAGAGGCUAACUCCUCCCCACACUUGCCAUAAGACUCUUAUGCUAGAUUGCUUCUACUUUGAAGCUGCUUUUUAUUUCAAAAAGGAUCAGUUUAGGUUGAAGUACACAUGUUUGUGUGUACUAUAUCCUUCACUGAAGAUAAAAUUCCCAGUUUACUUCCUCUUUUUGAUACCCAAGACAUACUUCACUGCAUAUUUUAACAUACCCAUUGUGGAAUUUUAAUGAUUAUCCAUAUACUUAAGAUGCAUUCUAAAGUAAAUUCCAUCAGAUUCAGUUGAAUCAUGAGCAUCUCCACUGAAUCUUUGCUAGAGGCUUAUUGUAGAAGCACUUGUUGUUUGAUGAUGUCAAAUCCUGUAUCAUUAAUAUUAGGCCCAAGAUCUUCAGGCAUCCUGGCCAACAUUUUCAUACAUUGGCAAAGCUUUGUGAUGAGUAAAACCUCUUGGUGGUUUAAACAGCUCUCAGUGAAGUUUUUUGGGUUGCUCUUAGAUGAACAAAGUUUGCACAUUAAUGGAGUACAAUAAGCCCGCAGCUUAUGCGCAUUUAACUUGUGCAAAUUAAGAUUUGCACACUUGGCAGAGAAAAAAAAGUGGAAAGAGGGCGGGAGUCCAGGGAAAAAAGAUUCUGGCAAUCCCACCCACCAUUGAACCCAAUAUGUUUUGACGUGAUUUUGGCUUUAGGCGUGAUUUCCGGAACAUAACCCUCGCAUAAGUUGCUGACUUAGUGUAAUUGCCUUAAUUCUUUUCUUGCUUGCUUCUGCAGGGAGCUUUUUGCUAUAGAGGCACUCGCAAAAUAAAUAGAAUCUGUGUGAUUUAAUAACUGUAGUUUUCUAAAUAGUUGCCACUAAGAAAGGUGAUGCCUUAAGGUUGUAGCCAAUGCUAGUCAUACUCAGAGUAGACCCAUUCAAAUUAAUGUCCUUGGCUAAAUUAGCUCCCUUAAUUUACGGUAAAUGGGUCUAUUCAACCUAUAAAGUAUAACUGUUCUGUGCCUGAACUUGAGCUUCUGUUUCUUUAUCAACCAUAUUGACAAGGCAUAUUGACAAACAUAUUGUCAAACCAUAUUGGUACAUUGGUGUACAAGUGACUACGCUCCGACAGUAACUUGCAGAUGGGGAAAUCAAGGGGCAAAAGCCCAUCUGGACUAUGUGUUAGAAUGAAGGUGUUUGGUGGGGAUUACUGCUGAUGGAGUAUACUUGAAAUGGUGAAUAAUUUCAUGUAAUAUUGAGCUGUUUGUGAUGGUGAAUUAUAAAAGUGUUUCUAGCCUUCCGAGAUACAAAGAACAGCUUUGAAUGGGAGCAAAUGCUCCUUUUUUUAAACCAGGCUUUGGUGGUGCUUGUGACCUGCUGAGCUACUUUCCUCUUUCAUUGGGUUGCUCUACUUAAUCACAGCUUAGCAAAAACCUCCAGUAACUUGAUUGUUCUCUCAGCUACUUGUCUUGGCUAAAAUUCCUGUGACAUUCCCUCCAUCCUUUUCUCAAGGUCCAGAUCAUCCGCACAGUUUGUCUUACAAGCUAGAACUUGGAUCGGAUCAGGAAAUCCCCUCUGACUGGUAUCCCUUUGCCACAGUGCAGUUUGUUGUGCCUGAUGCAUGCGCUUCCGGAACUGAAGUUAAAUCAUUGGGCAUCGAGAGUGACAUCCAACCCCAGAAACAUGUGAUACGUAAAGCAUGUUACAACUGCCAGGUAAUCUUCUUGUCCUCUUGUUUUGUUCUUUAGCCUGUUGGAGCAUCAAGGCAACAAAGCAAAUCAGGCAGCUAUGCAAGGAAAAGCUUGGUAUCACCCAUUUAUUUAUUAAAGCAUCAACUAAAAUGGUCAUGAAGGCACAAUAAAGGCAUGCUGGGCCACGAGCUAACUGUCAGUAGGGUAUAUCUUGUAAAAACCUAUAGCUCAAGAACUGAAUCCUAGAGAUGCUAAGCCUGUAGGAACUUAAGUUUUCAGUUCUGCUGUAGCAUGGCAGCUUUGAGGUACUGCAGUAAAAUGCAAAGAUAAACCUAUUUUGGGACAGGGGGGUAAGGAAACUGAAAUAUAGUUUCACACCGUACAGACUUAGCUAGUGAAAAAGCAGUUUAAAACUGAAAACGUGUAGGGUUAGCUUUCAACUCAAACUCAGAGUAGGAUUCUGUUUACUGAAGAUUGAUACCUGCACUGCAGAAAAUUGAUAUAUGUUUUACCUAUUAUGUUAGUUUUUAAAUUUCUGCUUCAGUAUUGAUUGUUUUAUAUUUAUAGCAUUGUAACCUGGGGUCCUAGGACAAAGGGUAGGAUGUAAGUUUAAUCAAUAAUUUUAUAAUAGUAUUUACUUUUCCUCUUGUUCUUAUAUUUUGUUUUCUACUUGGGGUAUGUAUCUGAUGAGGUAGAUUUUGAUAAACCUCAUGCACUCUGCAACUUUUAAUUUGCAACAAAGUGCUGCAGGAUUUAUUGUGUUCUUAUGCUAUAAACAAACAUGGCUUCUACUCUAGCAGGUGAUUGCUGGUUACACAAGUCCUGGUUCAUUAUUGUCAUCUAAUUUUUAAUAGGAUUAGAAUGCUAGCUAUUGGCUCACUGGGUAUAGUGUCAAGAGCUUCAAUAAUGUUACUGCUUUGUAAAAAGAAUACAACCUUUUUGCUUUCAUAUUACAGGUUGAAAUUGAGAAGAAAUGGAUAAGGCUUGAUGGUGAAGAUUCCAAUAAAUGUGGCAGUUGUCAAAUGCAGUAGUGAGGAAUUGAACUGAAGAGUCUGGUGUGCUGCUAGGACUGUGGGGGAAAGUGCUUUAUAUAUUACCUCCAAAUGAAUUCGCAAGGCAGUGGACUACAGCAUAUUCUCUGCAGUUUGUCAUGUUGAAAGACCAGAUACCAUUGGAAGUUUGUGCUCCUAACUUUUAGCUUACUGACCAAUGUUAUCCUUUAAAAAGCUAAAGCACACAAAGUCAAUUCACAGUAUCUUGAAAAUUAGUGGCACUUGAUAUGAACUCUUGUAAGGCAGUUGGAUAUGAAGCAUUUAGACUUAACAUCAAAUAUAUAUUUUGCCGUGGUCCAGAAAGGUAAAUUAUAAAUUUCAAAUUAAGUUAUGUAUUACAGUUAGCCUGCAACUUAUGUGGGGGUUAUAUUCCGGGGAUUGCACCUAAAGCCAAAAUUGUGUACAGUCCAAACACAUGGGGUUCAGUGUCGGGUGGGAUUGCCAAAGUCAUUUUUAAUAGACUCAUAGAGUUGGAAGGGACCCCAAGGAUCAUCCAGUCCAACCUCCUGCAGUACAGGAAUAAGCAGCUGUCCCAUACAGGGAUCAAACCUGCAACACUGGGAUUAUCAGCACCAUGCUCUAACCAACUGAGUUGUCCAGGCUGAUUCCUGGAACCCCACCCUUCCACUCCGUUUUUACUUAUUUUUUAUUUUUUUGCCAUGAACACAUAACUGAAUGUAAACAAGUUAAACAUGCAUAAGUUGUGGAUAUACUGUAUAUAUAUUUGUAGGUACUUUGUGAAUGUAAUCAUAUGUCUUGCUCUUCCCAGUAUUGGUAAAUAAUGCAAGCCUAAAGUAUAUUGAAAAGGGGUGUCAUUUGGCAGAGCAGAUAAGAGUUUCAGUGGCUCAUAAAUGGGAUCUUUUUGGAUGAUUCCACUAUAUUGUUCCUGUACAGAGGAAUAUAUGUAUGGAAAAUGUUACUUUUUAAUCCCAAAUCUACACUGGCUUUUCAGAAUAGUUCCUGUCAGGAAUUUAAUUCAUUGCUUUCAGCAUUUCUUUGAAAUCUAUUGCAUACAUUCUUCCACACAGGAAGACAUACCAUGUUUCAAAUAGCUAAUAAGUGCUGCUCUUUUGGCCUCUCCUGUUUGAAUCUGUAAAUGGAAGUUUUUUCCUUUCAUUCUUUGGAAGGGGACUCUGCCUGGGCUCAUGGGGGGGAAAGGCAUAGUGGGUAAUAAAAAUUCUUGACCUGAAAGGAUGAGGCAAAGUUUUCAUUUCAGGAUCUUGGACAGAACAGAGUUAUUUUUAACACAUUGCCAACUAUUAUGAAUUAUUUUGGAUCUCCAACAGGAACAGAUGUUAGAUCUGGAACAAAAGCAUGUCCUGAAUUGCUAGUCAAAGAAGCUAUAAGAUCCAGGAGACUCCAGAAGAACGUGGAAAGCGAGAUGUUCCUUUGCGUUGCCAGCUGAGCUAGAGUUUGCUUAAGGGGUGUGCCACAGAAGACUUCUAAGUCUGAAGGAAAUAUGAAACUGUAAAUGCUUUGACAAUCACCUUAACCUUUUAGAUGCUGACUUUUAAGCUUGUAGGACAGUUCUAAUUGUCCCCUUAUGGGAGACAUCAUCUUUGUCCUUUGCUUUUUGAGGCAUUUCUUGUAUACUCUAGAAGCCAGAGAAGUGUCUGUCUCUGUUUUAAUCUGUAUUGAUGGAUUUCUGCUUUAUUGCGAUUGCUCUAGAUGAUAUCUUUGCUGUGUGUAAGUCUUUUUGGAAUAAAGCUGUAAUAGCAUACUUCAUCUCACUU